UAUAUAAGAGCAUUGCAUCCCCCUUUACCUCUCUCACACACAGUGUGGGUUUGCUGGGAAGGGGAUAGCAGAGGGGAAACCAGGGAUUACAUUGUCUACCUGCCUGUGAAGGAAAUAUUUUCCUCUCUGGAUUUUCCAUUAACGAGAUCUUGGAACCGCAUCUUAAAGGGAGCCGUAGCAUUUCUGACCCAAAUUCUUGCCCAUCAUCACAACCCAGUGACAUCAUCGUUAUUAUCACCUGAGCUGCAACAUAUUUUCCAACCAUAAACGUCAACACUUGUCAGACUCAUCAACACCAAACGUAUUUGACAUCAUCGACCAUGAGCAGCACCUACAACGUCACUCUCUUAGGCCCCGCCCCCUGGGGCUUCAGACUGCAGGGUGGGAAGGACUUCAACAUGCCCCUCACCAUCUCCAGGCUGACAGAUGGUGGGAAGGCAGCCAAAGGUGGUAUUGCUGUUGGAGACAUGGUUCUGUCCAUUGACGGCAUCGCCACAGAGGGCAUGAACCACCUGGAGGCCCAGAACAAGAUCAAGAGCUGCACUGGCAACCUCAGCCUCACCCUGCAGAAGGCCUCCAGUGUUCCUAAACCUCCUCCUGUGGCACCAAAGGACGACAGAUCAGACAUCAUAAAGCCAGUGGCUCUCACUCAUCCACCUCCACCAGCCAAUCCCCUCCCUCACUCCUCCAGUCCCUCCACUGACCUCUACAACAAGGCCCCCAGACCUUACUGGGGCUAUGGAACAGAGCGUGAAUACACUCCUUCACAGUCCCAUUUUGCUCCCUUCAUCCCGUCCCCAUCCUCUGCCUUCACUCGAGCCUCCUCAUCCUCCCCCUCCUCCUCCCCCUCCUCCUCCCACACCAGUCCUCCUCCUCCUCCUCCACCUCCUGCCUCUUACCCAUCCUCUUCCUCCUCCUCCUCCUCCCCUCCUGUCCUCAUUCCACCCCAGCCAUCAGUGUAUAACACACCAAUCAACCUCUACUCCACUGAGAACGCAUGUGAAGUGGCCAUGGGCCAGAGGCGGGGCCUGUUGGAGAGUCAGGGUGGAGCCUUGCCUUUGCAUUUGAAUGGAGUUCCCAGGAAACACGUUGUGGACACAGACAUACAUUUUUACCAUGUGCCCACUCAUGCUGAUGCCAGCAGGAAGCGCAUAAUGGAGGACACAGAGGACUGGCGCCCCCGCACCGGCACCACCCAGUCCAGAUCUUUCAAGAUUCUGGCUCAGAUCACUGGCACCGAGAAUGUUCAAGAAGAGGAAGGUGACAGAGCCAAGAAGGCAAACUCCUUCACUUUUUCCUGUUCCAGCUGUCUCACUGAAUCUGAGACAAACUGUGGUGAGGACAGCAACAGAUCUCCAACACAUCCGUCCUCUGACCAAGUAGGGCUUUCACCCUCAGCUUUCAGUGGACUGAACGAUGAAGAAUCUGAUCGCAUGAUCACACACCAACCACAGUCACAGAUGGCAGGCUCAUCAGCCAGUCAACAACAGGAGGGUGCUCCAAUCCCCAACUAUGUCCUCGUUUCUAAACCUGGCAGCCCCUUUAAAACUGAACAUCAACAGAAAGAUGUAUCAUCAACAGCACCUCAUCACUUAGUUUCCUUCCCAAUGGCCUAUUCAAGUUCGUUUGAUAUGUUUUGUCAAAUACAUCCAACACAUUUGUCCAACAUAAACCAUCCAUUAGCUCCAGUGCUGGUACCUUUAAUGUACACUGGUCUGACCCCAAGCCAAACACCAUCAUCUCAAGCCCAAAAGCUAAACAACACUUCUCCGGAUGCAACAUUUUUGCAAGCCAGCAUUUCACAUUUUCUUGGACCAAGUCCUGUUUGUACCCACUCUCCAGCUUCGUCUUUACCAGUUUUUUGUGUAUUGCCUUCUCAAGGGCUACACUUGUCGCAUGGUAGUGAAUCUUCAUUGCUUCUAAACCAAACACCAGAAUCUUCCAGUGAUCCUGUCCCUGUCCAUAGACCAGCUGCUUCAGAUAGUUCAGUUACAGACCCAACAAGCCUUCCAAUGUGCACAGCUGAAAGCAAUUCUCCUGUGACACCACUAGGGGGCAGCAUAGACUCAGAAAAGUUCACGUCCAGUGACGGUGUGACUGAUGGUGACGGUGAUGAGCACAAAUUACAUAGCCGGGCUACAGAGUCUCUGAAGGCAGCACAGGCUCUGUUUGACCUUUCUCCUGAGCACAGUUUCCCUGUCCAACUCAAUACCCCACCUCAUAUGUCAGCACACCUUCAUCUUUCUACCAAGCCAGUCAGGAGAGAGCUCCUGUUAAGUCCUCUGGACUUCCUGCCCAGAGCAGCUCCCCCACCCCCUCCUCUCACCCCCAGCGCCCCCAAACAGCCCACACAAAACACAAACGCUGAGCACCACAGUCCAGUGCAAGCAAGAAAAACUUAUCAGAGCAGUCUCCCAGAGAUGGCUGUGUCUCAGUCCUUAUUGGACGCCCUGCUCAUCACUCCAAUCACUCAAGCUGCACCACUGUGCUUGAGGAAGAAGAAGAAGAAGAAGAAGAAGCACUGUAGUGUCAGUGAUCUGCAGCUGCCCAAGAACAAGAGGGUGUCUUGGCAUCAGUCUGCAGUGGAAAAGGGAGACCCUCUCUUCUCUUCUCCUGUCAAUGCUGUCUAUAUCUUUAGUGAGGAGGGAGAGGAGCCAGAACUCAACAGCCACGAGUCUGCAGUUGUCAAGACCAUGAUCAAGGGACCUGCUGCAACGCAGGGCCACAGUCCACAGACUGGUUUGGUCACCCCGUCUUUCAGCAUGAGGGGUAACGGAAGUCCCAGUGUCCCGAAAAGUCUUGUCCCAGCUCGACCUGUGCCUCAACCCCAUCCUAAAGAUGAGGACACCCUGGUUCAAAUGGCAGAACACAUCCCUGCUGGGACUCGUACGCCCAUGUGUGCCCACUGCAACAUGGUCAUCAGAGGCCCUUUUUUGGUAGCAAUGGGGAAAUCUUGGCAUAAGGAGGAAUUUAACUGUGCCCACUGCCGUUCAUCCCUAGCGCAUACCGGCUUUGUGGAAGAAAAGGGAUCUGUCUACUGUGAACACUGCUAUGAGGAGUUCUUCGCUCCAACUUGCAGACGCUGCCAGGCCAAGAUACUGGGAGAGGUCAUAAAUGCCCUCAAACAGACGUGGCAUGUCUACUGCUUUCUGUGCGCUUGCUGUCAGCAACCAAUCAGAAACAACACCUUCCACCUGGAAGAUGGAGAACCAUACUGUGAACAAGACUUCUACAGUUUGUUUGGGACUGGCUGUCAUGGCUGUGAGUUCCCUGUUGAGGCUGGAGACAAGUUCCUGGAGGCCCUUGGUUACACCUGGCAUGACACCUGCUUUGUCUGUGCUGUAUGUUGCACCACUCUGGAAGGCCAGACCUUCUAUUCCAAGAAAGACAAACCUCUCUGCAAGAAACAUGCACACACACUGAAGAUAUGAAUCUUGGACUUUCAUUGCAAUUUUCCAGCUGUACAUUCUGUCUCUCUCUCUCUCUGUCAGUCUGUGGGGACAGAAGGCCUCUCAGUUCAUACAACAAAAACACAAGCAGAGCGGUGGCUCUUGAACGUCCUGAUAGGGGAAACACUGCCAUCAAAGACCCGGACCCUUUCUAAAACCUAAUCUACUUACAUUGCAUAAUUUUUUUCAAUGAGCAGCAAAAUAGCUUGCAAUAAAGGAUCAGUUUUCAAUUUUUUUUAAAUUCAAAAAGUACUCUGAAAGAAGCAGAUGAGUUUUAAUUGAUCUUAAAUGAUCUGAAUUUAGUUUGCUGAUUCAUCCAGAAGAAAGAUGAAUUGACUGCCAAAUGGUGCAGUGUAUGUGUACUACCACUAGGAAUCACCAAAGUCAGACAUUUAAUGAUAAUUGGAUUUUAUGAUCCAUGGCCUUAUUUCUUGAUCCAGAGUUUGAUCUUGAGCUUUAUCAGAAGCAUGACAGAUCAUGACAUUUACCAUUUACAAGUCAGUAUACAAAGUACCCAAAUCUGUCAAAUCACACAACACUUAUAAUUAGACAGUACCAAAAUAAAUAUUCAUACCCGUGCUAUAUGAUUACAGAAACAGGAUAUUAGACAAUUAUUUCUCAACAAGCAUUUAUUUUUGUUAGUGUUAAUGAGUAGCUGUAAUCAAAUUUAACAAACUGAUCAGCAGCUAUUAACUUCUAGAGAAUAGCCAUCCAGUUUUCUGAGUCAAACUUUGGUGCAUUUGGUUAUUGUGUUGCUUGCUGUACAAACAUGCCAGAACCUGAAAUAUCAUAAUCUGCAUCCCUAGCUGUUUUAAUGCAGGUGAGCUGGAUGUCCGCAGUGAUGGCGAAAGCUGUUGUUUCUGAUCAGUGCUUAGAACUAUAUGAAGUUUUUUUUUCUAUAUAUUUUAAAUCAAUUCUAUGUAUCUUAUUUUCUAUUUGUCGUGUUGAACUGGCAACACCGACAAAUAUGUUGGUGGUUUCAAAAGAAAACUUUUAGGUGGUGACUUGAACGAUGAGGCACUUGUGGUCUAGAUUUUCUUAAAUAUAUAUAUACACAUAUACGUUUAAGGGACCAGUGCAGGGAUUGGAUGGGGCUAGUUUCUUUUGUGUUUUUAGUAUCUCACUUGAUGGUCUACUGACUGUCCCAGUGUGUUGAUUUGGUGAUAUUGGCUUUUACUUUCAUGGCAACAAAACUCACUCAUAAUAAUUUCACACAAUUAUCAUAAAGGACCGCUCGAUUUUUACUGUAGGGAACAAAAGCAGAUGAGUGUGGUAUACAUUGAUAAGUGCUUAAUUCUCACCUAUACAAGUACAAUUGGAAUGAUUAAAAUUGAUCUGUUGAUCUGUUGCCUAAUAAAUAAAUCCCUCAA